GUCGCGCACAGCGCCCCGAGCCCAGGCGCCUCCCCGCCCCCCUCCCCGCGCUCCGCGGCGGCGGCGGCGGCAGCAGUAGCAGCAAUAUGGCUGUUGAUGGGUGUUCGGGGUGGCGCUGGCGGCGGGAGGAGCUCCCCCGAGCCCCUGCGCCGGCUGCCCGUUGCUAGCUAUGGCAAAUGGUGGCGGCGGCGGCGGCAGCAGCGGCGGCGGCGGCGGCGGCGGCGGAGGCAGCAGUCUUAGAAUGAGUAGCAAUAUCCACGCGAACCAUCUCAGCCUAGACGCGUCCUCCUCUUCCUCCUCUUCUUCAUCCUCCUCCUCUUCCUCCUCGUCCUCGGUCCACGAGCCCAAGAUGGAUGCGCUCAUCAUCCCGGUGACCAUGGAGGUGCCAUGCGACAGCCGUGGCCAACGCAUGUGGUGGGCUUUCCUGGCCUCCUCUAUGGUGACUUUCUUCGGGGGCCUCUUCAUCAUCCUGCUCUGGCGGACGCUCAAGUACCUGUGGACCGUUUGCUGCCACUGCGGGGGCAAGACGAAGGAGGCCCAGAAGAUUAACAAUGGCUCAAGCCAGGCGGAUGGGACUCUCAAGCCAGUGGACGAAAAAGAGGAGACGGUGGCAGCCGAGGUCGGCUGGAUGACCUCUGUGAAGGACUGGGCCGGGGUGAUGAUAUCUGCCCAGACACUGACCGGCAGAGUCCUGGUGGUCUUGGUCUUUGCUCUCAGCAUUGGUGCACUUGUAAUAUACUUCAUAGAUUCGUCAAACCCAAUAGAAUCCUGCCAGAAUUUCUACAAAGAUUUCACAUUACAGAUCGACAUGGCUUUCAACGUGUUCUUCCUGCUCUAUUUUGGCUUGCGGUUUAUUGCAGCCAACGAUAAGCUGUGGUUCUGGCUGGAAGUGAACUCUGUGGUAGAUUUCUUCACGGUCCCCCCAGUGUUUGUAUCUGUAUACUUAAACAGAAGUUGGCUUGGUUUGAGAUUUUUAAGAGCUCUCAGACUGAUCCAGUUUUCAGAAAUUCUGCAGUUUCUGAAUAUCCUUAAAACAAGUAAUUCCAUCAAGCUGGUGAAUUUGCUAUCCAUAUUUAUCAGCACGUGGUUAACAGCAGCCGGAUUCAUCCAUUUGGUGGAGAAUUCAGGGGACCCGUGGGAAAAUUUCCAAAACAACCAGGCUCUUACAUACUGGGAAUGUGUCUAUUUACUCAUGGUCACCAUGUCCACUGUUGGCUAUGGGGAUGUUUAUGCAAAAACCACGCUUGGGCGUCUCUUCAUGGUCUUCUUCAUCCUCGGGGGACUGGCCAUGUUUGCCAGCUACGUCCCUGAAAUCAUAGAGUUAAUAGGAAACCGCAAGAAAUACGGGGGCUCCUAUAGUGCGGUUAGUGGAAGAAAGCACAUUGUGGUCUGUGGACACAUCACUCUGGAGAGUGUUUCCAACUUCCUGAAGGACUUCCUGCACAAGGAUCGGGACGAUGUCAACGUGGAGAUCGUCUUUCUUCACAACAUCUCCCCCAACCUGGAGCUUGAAGCUCUGUUCAAACGACAUUUUACUCAGGUGGAAUUUUAUCAGGGUUCAGUCCUCAAUCCACAUGAUCUUGCAAGAGUCAAGAUAGAGUCAGCAGAUGCGUGCCUCAUCCUUGCCAAUAAGUACUGCGCUGACCCUGACGCUGAAGAUGCCUCCAACAUCAUGAGAGUAAUCUCCAUCAAGAACUAUCAUCCGAAGAUAAGGAUUAUCACUCAGAUGCUGCAGUAUCACAACAAGGCCCAUCUGCUAAACAUCCCAAGCUGGAACUGGAAAGAGGGUGAUGAUGCAAUCUGCCUUGCAGAGCUGAAGCUGGGGUUCAUAGCCCAGAGCUGCCUGGCUCAGGGCCUCUCCACCAUGCUCGCCAACCUCUUCUCCAUGAGGUCAUUCAUAAAGAUUGAGGAAGACACGUGGCAAAAAUACUACUUGGAAGGAGUCUCCAAUGAAAUGUACACAGAAUAUCUCUCCAGUGCCUUCGUGGGUCUGUCCUUCCCUACUGUUUGUGAGCUGUGUUUUGUGAAGCUCAAGCUCCUAAUGAUCGCCAUUGAGUACAAGUCCGCCAACCGAGAGAGCCGAAGCCGAAAGCGUAUAUUAAUUAACCCUGGAAACCAUCUUAAGAUCCAAGAAGGUACUUUAGGAUUUUUCAUCGCAAGUGAUGCCAAAGAAGUUAAAAGGGCAUUUUUUUACUGCAAGGCCUGUCAUGAUGACAUCACAGAUCCCAAAAGAAUAAAAAAAUGCGGCUGCAAACGGCUGAUAUAUUCCAAGAUGUCCAUCUACAAGAGAAUGAGACGGGCAUGUUGUUUUGAUUGCGGACGUUCUGAGCGUGACUGCUCGUGCAUGUCAGGCCGUGUGCGUGGUAACAUGGACACCCUUGAGAGAGCCUUCCCACUUUCUUCUGUCUCUGUUAAUGAUUGCUCCACCAGUUUCCGUGCCUUUGAAGAUGAGCAGCCCUCAACGCUGUCACCCAAAAAAAAGCAGCGGAAUGGAGGCAUGCGGAACUCACCCAGCUCCUCGCCCAAGCUGAUGAGGCAUGACCCCUUGUUAAUUCCUGGCAAUGAUCAGAUUGACAACAUGGACUCCAACGUGAAGAAGUACGACUCUACCGGGAUGUUUCACUGGUGCGCGCCCAAGGCGAUAGAGAAAGUCAUCCUGACUCGAAGUGAAGCCGCCAUGACCGUUCUAAGUGGCCAUGUCGUGGUCUGCAUCUUUGGCGAUGUCAGUUCAGCCCUGAUUGGCCUCCGGAACCUGGUGAUGCCACUCCGUGCCAGCAACUUCCAUUACCACGAGCUCAAGCACAUUGUGUUUGUGGGCUCCAUUGAGUACCUCAAGCGGGAAUGGGAGACGCUUCAUAACUUCCCCAAAGUGUCCAUAUUGCCUGGUACGCCAUUAAGUCGGGCUGAUUUAAGGGCCGUCAACAUCAACCUCUGUGACAUGUGUGUUAUCCUGUCAGCCAAUCAGAAUAAUAUUGAUGAUACUUCGCUGCAGGACAAGGAAUGCAUCUUGGCGUCACUCAACAUCAAAUCUAUGCAGUUUGAUGACAGCAUCGGGGUCUUGCAGGCUAAUUCCCAAGGGUUCACACCUCCAGGAAUGGACAGAUCCUCUCCAGAUAACAGCCCAGUGCACGGGAUGUUACGCCAGCCAUCCAUCACAACUGGAGUCAACAUCCCCAUCAUCACUGAACUAGCUAAACCUGGCAAGUUGCCUUUGGUAUCAGUCAAUCAGGAAAAAAACAGUGGGACACACAUUCUAAUGAUAACUGAACUGGUGAACGAUACUAAUGUUCAGUUUUUGGACCAAGAUGAUGACGAUGACCCCGACACAGAACUGUACCUCACGCAGCCAUUUGCAUGUGGGACAGCAUUUGCCGUCAGCGUCCUGGAUUCUCUCAUGAGUGCGACAUACUUCAAUGACAAUAUCCUUACCCUGAUACGGACCCUGGUGACUGGAGGAGCCACGCCAGAGCUCGAGGCUCUGAUUGCUGAGGAGAAUGCCCUUCGAGGGGGCUACAGCACCCCCCAGACGCUGGCCAAUAGGGACCGUUGUCGCGUGGCCCAGUUAGCACUGCUGGACGGGCCCUUUGCAGACUUGGGGGAUGGUGGUUGUUAUGGUGAUCUGUUCUGCAAAGCUCUGAAAACAUAUAAUAUGCUUUGUUUUGGAAUUUAUCGGCUGAGAGAUGCUCACCUCAGCACCCCCAGCCAAUGCACGAAGAGGUAUGUCAUCACCAAUCCCCCGUACGAGUUUGAGCUCGUGCCGACGGACCUGAUCUUCUGCUUAAUGCAGUUUGACCACAACGCCGGCCAGUCGCGGGCCAGCCUCUCCCAUUCCUCCCACUCGUCCCAGUCCUCCAGCAAGAAGAGCUCCUCCGUUCACUCCAUCCCAUCCACGGCAAACCGACCGAACCGGCCCAAGUCCCGGGAGUCCCGAGACAAACAGAAUGCAACAAGGAUGAAUAGAAUGGGCCAAGCAGAAAAGAAAUGGUUUACAGAUGAACCGGAUAAUGCCUAUCCCAGAAACAUUCAAAUCAAGCCCAUGAGUACCCACAUGGCUAACCAGAUCAACCAAUAUAAAUCCACAAGCAGCUUGAUUCCACCAAUCAGAGAAGUUGAAGAUGAAUGUUGACUCCCAGGAGACCAGAACUAUUUUUUUAAAGCCUGACAAACUUCAUAAAUGGUGAUGUGACUUUUCUUCCUCUUACAUGCUGAAUCACUGGUGGAAACGUUAGGAUAAGCAAGAUUUGCAAGAAAAAUAAGUAGACAGAUCUUUCUCUUUGUCUGCCUUGAAUAUUGCUUCCAUGUAUUUUGGAAAAGAAAAUGAUUUCAUUUAUAAAUGAACAUACUAAAAUAGUCAUGUAUAGCCUCUAGCAUUUUAAAUUAUUUUUAUUUAUUAGAAAGAAAAUCUAUUUUUCCUUUUUUUUCAUUAUCAAAUAUCUUCCCUGUAGCUAAACAAUGCAAAAUCAAAAUGAAUAAGUGGCCAGACUCCUUAAUGCGUAUAUCUCUUCUUUUUCUUUGAGGAGAAUGAUGGUCACCACCACAAUUAAUUGUAAUGACGGGAAAUGGAUUAUUAAAACAAUUUUAAAAUGGUUCAAUGAUGUAAACAUGUAUUUUAGUAAAUUCAACAAAGAAUACAAAAGGGGCAGGUGAAUUUCCUGGAUGGGUGUAUAUUUUGGCUUCAUUGACACCAGCUCUUAAUAAAUGGAAACAUUUAUUUUCACAGUUGAAAGUCAUAUUUUUGUAGUUUUAGUUUUCAUUCUGUAUUUUUUAUCCCUUUGUUAAUAUCCUUAAAAGGGAGACCUUGCAGCUUUUCUACAAUUGCCAGAUCAGGUUUACCCAGCCAACUAACAAUAGCAGGAGGGUUUUGAGCACGCCUGGGACAUGGAAAUUGAGGACCAGAUGCACACAAGACAUUGGUGUGUUUGUUGUUCUAAUGGUAGAGACUCCUCCAUGCUGUUAUACUUCUCAUUUUAUAUCUCCAAACCACCCACACAAGUAAUUUCAACUUUGGAAGGGAUUGGUGGACUCUCUCCCUAUUCCCCAAGCCUCAGAGCUUUUAGUCUGAAAGUUUAUAAACAAUAAUGAAUAGUUUUGCUCAACAAUAGGAUGUGAUAAUACAUUCAUUCUUCUCACUGAAUUUUUGUUUAAAAGCCAGAAAAUUUCUAUCAUCAAGAAGACAACUUUUACCCAGAUUUUUUGUUUUGCAGGCUUUCCUUUAGUUGCUGGGACAAAAAUAUGCAAACUUGCUACAACAAUAUCAACAAUAUAAAAAAUAGUAACAACAAAAGGAAAGCAAUGAAUGCACUUAAAACAGACUGUUAGAAAAGGCCUUUGAAAAUUACCAGCAAUGAAAUCAAAUCAAAUGUAUCAGCCACUUCAAACUGUGGUCAAAAGAUUUUUCUAGCCAUCAGACACAAUUACCAUGUCUCAGAGCUCUGCUGUCGCUCGCUUGCUCAGUGUACAGUCGUCCCGGCAACUGUUAUGUUCCAAACAAUUUAGCAAGUCUUUUAACUUCAAAAUUAUCAAUCUUUGGUACAAUCAUCAGGGUCUCUGGAGAAGCAUGGAUGUGACAGUGAUUUUUGUUUUCUUAAACUGUGGGCACUUGAAGAAGCCAAACUUACCAAAAUCUCCCCCAAAGUCCCAUGAUAUCGAUUCCAUUAAUUCUUUAGACCAUGACCCUGUGGUGCCUAGUAUGCUAGUGCAAAUCCGAUCAAAGCCAAGCAAUGAACUCACCAUGAAAACAUAUGUCCACACUAAGUACUCCAAUUAUCAAUGUAGGCAAAACGAGCUUCCACCUCCCUGCCACUCCCUGCAGAGCCAAUGUAGUCGUACUUCCACCUCGUAGGCGCCGUCCUGAAGUGACUUGUCAGACUGUGUCGUCACAUUUUGUAGAAUUAGUUCUAUCAAAGUAUUGUGAAUAUAAUGUAUGUCCAAUUGGAUUGUUUAAAAACUACUUAUAACUAAUCACUAGUCUACUCAGCAGACUAAAAUGACGUCAGCAGUCUAUAUUCAGGCUUACAACAUUUCCUGGGUUCCAACAGAAGUAAAAUGGGUUUGUGGGGGUGAAACCCUGGCUAGGAUUUUACAACUUUCCUGAAAGCUGGACCUGCUUCUACAUAAUGAUUUUGCAUUGGGGUCACCUUAGUCCAUUCACAUCAAUCCACGCUCUUUUUUCCUUCAUGAACUCCGGGGGACUCUUGUUCCUGAGAAGCGUUUAUGAAUUAUUCAUAGCGAUUUGGUCUCCUCUGGCAAGCGAUGGCCUCCUAAGUGAUCUUAGGGGAACUUAGGCCACAGAGUCCCAUGUCCGCUGUCCUCUCUUCCCCAUUUCUCCAUACCAAGUCAAUCUGGAAGCGGAAAUGUAAACUUUAUGCCCUUCAUUGCUAGAGACUUGAAUCUAAACUUUUGUUUUUAACCAAAUAGUUAAGAUGGUUUUCUACAGCAAAGGACUCCUACCGGAAAACUAAUUGGCGGGGAUCCAUUUUCUUCUAAGGUACAGCAGCAAGCUCAGGCUGUUUUGACUUUGUAAUAAUGGGUUGUUCUGGGCCAGAAAAUAAAAUCAGACAUAUUUUUAAGGAGGUAUGCACAAUAAUUGGUUGUUGGCUGUUUUGGCGAAAGCUGCUUCCUGGUAGGUUAAAAGUGAAAGGAAAACAGAAACAAGAUUGUAAGACCACUGAAGGGCUCAAGGGCGUAUCAGAGCUUCCUGGUUUGUUUCUAUUUGUUGAGCUUUCUGGCCCUGAGGGAGUGCUCAUCCCAUCCCACCAUAAUAGACUCAGUCUUUCUGGCUAAAUUCAUCAUAGACCAAUGAUGGUCAUCAUUGGUACAGACAGUGUUAUAAGGCUCUGAUCUCUUAUCUCAGUUUAAGGUUCCAGGAAAGCCACUUCCCUAAACUAAAGACUCUUGGGUGCUUUUGGAAUCAAAGACUCACCAACUGGCUAUUUAAAAAGCAGAAAGCACCUAUUUAUAAAGGCACCAUCACCAUCAUUAUCUUUCUUUUUAAGAAUAUUUUUAUUUUCAUCUGAGCAAUUUUAUAUUUUAAAAUAUCACCUUGAAACAAUAUAAAACACUUUAAAACUGAUUGUGACUAAGGAAUGUUGGGGAAUAUCCAGAAACUCUGUCCUUUUGAAAGGUUGAGGCAUCUUAUGAUAUACUUUGUACAAAAUUUACUUGAAGACUUUAAAUAAACUGAGAAUUCAAACUCUUUGGUUAGGGUUGGAAAGGGGGAAGUGAGAAAGCCUGAGAAAACUGGGGAUAUUUUCAUGUUGAAAGGUGAAAGAAUCUAACUUUCCUAUUUAUAGUUUAAGAUGAGGAUUCUAGAGCUACAUCUGCAAAUAACUAUCUACUCACAUUGAAAUGUUCUUUAAACUCUCUGAGUCUCAAUAACCACAUUUGUAAAUGAGAGUGAUUCAUCUAGCUGACUCUAAGGUCCCUUUCAGAUCUGAGAGGACAUGAUUUAAGUUAGGAAUGGGAGCAUGGGAACAAGCCCUUCGAGGCCAUCUUGUUCUGUGCUAGAAUAAUGGUCCCCCUAGCUGCAUCACCCAUGCAGUACUCCAGGGCUAUGUGCAGUUCUGCUCUGGACACAUAGCAGUUGGAUUCAUUCCUCUGCUUUACACUAAGGAGUCUCCUUAGGUUCAAAAUACAAAUUUGAAAAUUCAUAUUUUUCGGCAUCACAUUGAUCAGAUUUUGUGUGUGUGUUCCUAGGGUUUUCUUUGCAAUCUCAUUCCUGCCUGCCCUUUUCCUUGGUUCAAGGCUCAGUUUUGAAUAAUUCCUUUUCCUCUGACCCAUCUCUCCAAUUUCCAAUGUGUAGUUUGAGGCUCAUGGGUUCUGGAUUCCUGAAGUUUUCUUUGUUUUUGUUUCUGCAGUGGAUUUAGGUGUUAGGAAGUCACCAGUUUUUAAUCCUCACUUCACUUUCUAUCUUCUGCUUAUCUGAUUUUUUUUCUUCCAUGUAUACAUUAACUAUCUCUUUGCUACUUACAUUCAUAAAGUCUAAUUUUGCUCUAUCAAUUUUCAUUGCCAAAAAGAACCUCAGUAAAGGAAGAAAGGGACAAAAGGAGAAAAAGAGGUAGAAAGUGAGAGAGAGAAAAAAAAGAAUAUCAAACUAAUUGACUGGGAUAUGAAUCAUUUUACUUGUAGGAAACUAAGCAAAUCUAUUCAACUUGGACAUGGUGUUCCAAUACAGAAUCUGUCUACUUUCUAUUCUGCUUCUAUAUUCUGUUCCUAUUUGCUGCCUUUGGAAUGGUGGUAAAAUCACCAAUCACUGUGGCCUUUGAAAGGGCCCUUAAUAGUUAAGGCUUGACUCAUCAUCUUCAAAAAAUAUUGUAGAAGGGACUGAGAAUUCACUUAGAACUUACCUUCUUGCCCCUGCCCUAAUCAUCCAUGUUCCUGCAAGACAUUUUUUUCCUCUCCAGCAGAGAUGAUUUCACAUUGAAAUCCCAUGUUCAUCUGAGGAGGUGAGGUGGCCCUUUGUAUUUAUUUAUGAGAGACUAGUAAUUAGAAACAAUUUCUGGCCGGUUUGUUCUAGCGUGGUCAUUUUGGUUGUUCAAGUGAAAUUUGUUUUGAUUGUUUGUUGCCCAUGCAAUAUCAGUUGUUAAUAUUUUCAAAAUUGCCAUAAAACAAGACAAUUGAGAGAAUGCUUCAAUUUUAUUUCUUAAGGAACUACAGAACCUAAAAUGCCAUUCCUAUGGUAAGCUUGCUUAGAACACAUACAGAGAGAAAGCAGCCUAAGUUUCCCUAAGAGCAGCCCUUUAGUCCUGCAACAGUUAAAGGCUCCAUGAUAUCACAGCUUCAAGUGGUUAGACUGGGAAGGAAUUUUAAAUUAGACUCUGUGUACCAGACUUUCCUUUUUUGCCUCAUGGUUUAGCAUGAAAAUGGUCCUGAGACUUCUGUAUCUAAAGACAGAAGAAACUCAGGACAUCCAUCAAGGAGCGAGGAAGAAAGAACAAAAGCAAAAGGAUAUAAACAGCAUUUUAAAGUGCUGUCAGCCAGGAAGACGCAUAGCAUGGCAAGAGUUAGGCUUUGGGUUGAAAGAAGGAGGAGAUUGCGUUGAACUACAUGGGUUGGGAAAAAUACAGAGGAAUAUAAUGCUUGAUGGGUUUUGGAGGUAUUUCAAUGGGCAAUAAAUGACUGGAGAGAUGUGGAGCAUGAGGUUUGCCAGAAAGAGGAGGUCUAAUGGACCAUGGCUCAUUGGUAGAAUUGUGAUUUCAACACAUAGACCGUGUUGUCUAUGGUGGCAAGUUGGUGUAGGGGAGCUGAGGAAAACUGAGAUGAGACCUCAUGGAAGAGCUUAGAGAGUAGUACAUAGUCUUAGGGGCCAAGCUAAGAUUUUGAGAUUUGAUUUAGAAAGUCAUGGAAAACCACUAAAAUUUUAAAUAGAGAGUGAUGGACACCGAUGUCUGUGCAUUUUUUAGGUUGCAAGUUUUGAGAUGUCAGUUCUCCCUGGAAGUCAUCAUGAGCGUGUGCACAAACCUGAACGUUUUCACAGUAGCAUCAAGUUCUCAGGGGUGCAGACUCAGCAUGUGAAGCACGCUGGGGAGCAUAACAGUUGUAGCAGCUUAGUUGGAGUUGUAGGGGCUGGUAUGGGGGCUGGGUGUUGGGACAAUGACUGUUGGAAAAGGUUCUUUGUGAAAGGGACACAGAAUUUGGACCUCAAGGGAAGAACCAUGUGGAGGAAUCAGAAAGAAGAAAGGAAGACAGAAAGGGGGACCAGCAAAUGCAGGCACUGAGACGUGUUGCAUUGGCUUCAUUCAGAAGACGCUGAGGGCUGUCGAUAAGGGAGGGUCUUCCAGGCAAAAGGAGACUGGAAAGUAGAGCUGAAGAGAGGGUUCCAACAGUCCCUGUGGAUUUGGAAGUCAGACCCACAGAGAUACUUGUAAAGUGCGAAGCAUGGCUGAGUUCUCCAAAGGAGAAAGUGUAGGUACAGAAGAUCAAAAUAUUGGUAGGGGGCUGCAACCAUAUUUUUAGGGGCUAAAAGGAACAAAAUAAGUAGAUACUCCUGGGAUAGAAGAUCUAGGGUAUUCUAGAGCCAGGAAAAUGGGAAACAAAAAAAGGGGAAUGUUAAGAUAGAGAGAGCGGGUCAUCCAUUAGGCUGGAGAUGAAAGGUAUUGGAGAUGGUUAUUCAGAAAUGAAAGGACUCACUUGACAAGGGCAGGAAUUUGCUCAUCAGUCUUUAUCCCCAGAGGUUACCAUGAGCCCAGGCUCAGGGUAGGUAGUCAGUUAGCCACUAUGUGUUACUUUGGGCGCCAGGGGCAAUGGUGUUUGCCCUGGACUUCUAGGUCACUGACACUCUUCCUGGAGAAAGACUCAAAAGAGAGGGAUCAUGAGGUGAGUCUCUUCUUUCACCUCCCUGUUCAUGAAGUGCCAUUGUUUCUCAUCUCCCCUUCAACCCCUGAACAGCACACACCCUGGCAGCUUUGGUUUCGUGGCUCCUAAAUGCUACAAUCACUUUGCUUUGGUGGCUUUUUUUGACAGGCAGCAUGAGGAGAGAGGGGUGUUUUUUUUUGGCAUGGUGAAAACCGACCUUAAUUUCUAGGUAGAUUUUAAAUGUUAAAAGGGUUUCUUUGGUCUGUUUAUCCCCUUGAGGACUUCUGUGUUUCUUCUCCUCUGCCUUGCUGUUCUGCAGAACAAGGACAAAGGGACACCAAAACUCUCCAGUGUGCUUGCCUGAGGAAGCAUUACUGGGCCUGCUGUUCAGAAUCUUAGACAGAAAUGUAGACAUGGCACUGACACACGCCUGCCAAAGAAAACCAGAGCUUUCCUCACAUGGGAUUCAGGGUCCAUGUGAGAAGGCAGCCAGCAGGUAAGGAAGCACUGCCAACAAGGUUGAUGGAGCCCCACUUCCACACUAAACCAAAGCCCUGGCUGCCCCAGAACAGCCUGUCCCCCUUCCCUUCCUUCCGCUGAGGACAGCCUGAGACACGUUUGACCAGAACUGCAACAUUUCAAACAUAAACCAAGAUCUGCCUGGAAAUCUUAAUUAAAAAUGUUCCAUUCCCAGGUGGCACAAUUACAUCCUGCCUAAAACUCCUGGCCCACAUCCCACCACCCAGAUGCUGAAAAGAAACCUUCCCCCACUUAACACCAAAACCUGCACUCAACAUUACUUCAGGGGACAAA